AUGGCCGCCUCCCGGCUUCAUUGGGCUCCCAGAGUCCUUUGGGCUUUGUUGCUAUUCCAGGUGCUCGCCCUUACUCUCGCCCAUUCUGUCCCGACCGUCACCACUGCUCUCGAGUGUGCUUGUGAGAACUUCACGCCCGGUAACAACACCCUCAAGUUCGACAAUGGACCUUCAUCUGUCUGCUCUUGUGCCUGUGGAAAGACCACCUGGGUCCCUACCACGUACACUGAGGUCUACACUCUCUACGAUUCCACGACGUCUGAUGGCCUGAUUGUCACCGCUCCCUCUCCCACGCUGUCCGAUUCUUCUGCUAUCAGCAGCUUCUUCAGCAGCAUCGCCUCGUCUGUCCGAAACUUUACAACUUCGAUCAAUGGCACCGGCAUUGUCUCGUCAUCUUGGUCUCACUCGUUCCCUAGUCACAAUGUGACGGGUGUCCAGCAUAUGACUACGGCGUCUGGCAUCUUCUGGACUGGACCGGGCAGCGGUGUUGGUGGAACGUUCACAUCUCAGGCUUUCAUCUGGAAGAAUUCAACCACGAGCUCUCUGCCUUCGACGAUCAGGACCGGCGGCACUCCCAUCUGGCUCAACUCCACCAUGACUACCCUCAGAUCCGGCGGCCACCUCUCUGCCAAUACCUCAGCCCCUUCGAGAUCUACCAUGUCGACUCUCAACUCUGGUGGCUUUCAAUCUGCCAACAGUUCAGUCCCUCUGAGCGUCUCAAAGUCGUCUGUUCACUCCAAGCCUUUAGUCUCCUCAUCCUCUGUGAUCGGUUCGGGAACCCCAACUCCUGCCCCAGUUAGCACCACCGUUCCCCCUGCCUCGCCCAUUGCAUCGAGCACUCUUCCACCCCAAACAAACUCGUCCGUGGCUACAACCGGAUCAGAGAAGACAUCGAGCAAGGCUUCUGCUGUCUCGACCACUUCCCGGCCCACAGAGACCUCCAACCCUGCUUAUGUACCGCCUUUCGGCACCAUCACCGUCGAGCCUCUGGCUGGAACUAAGACAGAUGGAAGCUUAAAAACCACCAGUGUUACCUGGCUGUCCAUCGAUGUCCCAACCCGGACCACCAUCAAUGGAGACGUCACUACAACCGGCUUCCCUGCCUGGCGGUGCAUCUCGCUUGAUCUCUGCAAUCCAAAUUGUCUUGUACCUGAUGAGAUCUGCUUGCCUGCUGCCUCGGCCAAUCCCCUCGGAUAUCCCUGGCCUGAGAAGCCUGAGAAGCCCCCGUCCUCGGCGAAUGGAGUUACACUUCCUGAACACACCUCUACAAAGGGAGUGGCCAAGCCUGGCGAUCCUGGACACGGAGGAGGCGGCGGAGAUGAUGAUGAUGACGGCGACCAUGGUGGUGAUGACGAAGAUGAUCAUGACGGUGAUGAUGACGAUGAUGAUGGAGAUGAUGAUCACGGCGGAGAUGACGACGAUGGCGGCGACGAUGAUGAUGAUGGAGGAGAUGACGACCAUGGCGGUGAUGAUGAUGAUCAUGGAGGAGACGAUGAUCAUGGAGGCGACGACGGCCAUGGCAGCGAUGACGACGGCCGGGGACAUACAAGCGAUGACAAUGACGAGAACUCCCUCUUCGCCUUCAGAAUCGAUCUCGGUCUCGACAUCCUCGACAAAGCACGCAACAUCCUUGGUCAUGGCAUGGAGAUUGGUUUCGGCACCAAUAAACCAGCGGGGGACACAGAGCCCGAUGAACCCGAGCCCUCCCAGUCCGAGAAGGAGACCUCCACCUCCACCUCAACCUCAUCCUGCACCCAGACAUACACCAUUGCCCCUCACUGCACUCAGCCAUGCGUCGUCUCGCAGAUUCGAAGUCAGGGAACGAGGAGCUUCACCACCAGCUGCGCGACAGCCACCUGCCGAACCACGCAGCUCUGCACCAGCAUCGAGACCACCACGACAACCACUUACACUACCAAGAAGCCUAAGCCCACCGCCGGUUGCAUGGCCGGAAAGUGCCUUUCAUGCCAGGACAACAAUAACAAGCUGGAGGCUCGGCAGGGCUGGUGGGACGAGGACAUUCUUACCGAGACCAUUUCCGAGCCCGAAGAAUGGCACGAAGGCGAAUACGAGUGGUGGGAGAAGAUGCGCCGCGUCGCAAAGUACUACGGUCCCGGCCUGGCCAUGGGAAGCAAGACGGGACACGACUCCUCGGCCUCCUGGGAAGCUUUCGGCCCCACCCCCCACGGCGGCGGCGCCGGUCCCGUCUGGGGCUGCACCAUCAUCGCCUCCAUUUCCCCCGAGGGCGUCUACGCCAACCACCUAUGGGAGAUUCCCAACUUCAGCAUUCCCCCUGAUGAAGAGAAGCACUUCAAAGUCGACAAGGGCUACAGAGAGCCUUACUACUUUGAGCAGAACGUCAACCGCUUCAUCCAAUAUGGCUCGCUCGACACGCCCAAGCAGAAGGAAUAUCCCGCGCUGUGCCCGAUGAACCUCCCCGGCGGUCCCCUCUACGGUGACAACUACCAAUUCUUCCGCACGAUCAUGUUCGUUCCCAUCGAGACGACGGGCAAGAUGUACUACGCCCACCAAAACUCCCUAAUCAUGUCGAUUCUCACCGAGAAGUGCAAGAUUGACAAAAAGUACAUCACCAUCUACGGGUACGAACCCAAAGAAGUGCUCGACAAGGACUUCCAGUACGAUUUGGGCCGCGCCACACCCCCGGCCGACCGUCGCGCCUCGAACCCCUGGGACGGCCUCCUCAGCUGGCAGUACACGCCCAAGGGCCCCAGCGGCAAGAAGGAGCUCGUGGUCCGCUUCGAAAAGAGUAUCAUCCACCGCGAUGCCUGGUGCGGCGACGGACUUGUGACGCAGCCGGAGGCCCCCGUCCGGUUCGACAUCAGACCGAGUCCCCCUCGCGAUCCGAACCAGGAUACGACUCGUCCUUCUGAUAACAACUCUUCCCCCCCUUCUGACAACGAAGACACUCCUCGCCCUUCCGACAGUGGCACUCCCCGUCCUCCCGCGAAGAAGCUCAAGAUCAGACAAGAUGAAGGAACCUGCCCGCGCAUGAUCGCCUGCGGUCUCGGCUCUCCCAAGCUGAGCGUGUGCGACUACAAGAAGUUCCCUCCCCCGCCUCUGGAGGGUCCUUCACGCCUCAAGUCCCGCGCACCCCCAUCCAACGACCCCAACAAGGGCCCGAUCCAGGCGGAAAUCGAUCUCGAAUCAGAGACCAUGAUCGAGCCCGAGGACUCCCUCGGCGGCGAACGGUGGUGGUACACUCGCAUGCGCCACGCCGUCGACGAGCGAGGCCCAGGCUACGGCGGCAUCACCAACGUCCCCGAGAUCUGGUCCACGAGCUCCAUGAUCAGAUUCAACCAAGAGGUUGACGGCACAUACACGAACCGGCCGCGCUUUGGCGGCUCGGGGCCCAUCUGGGGCUGCACCGUCGUCGUCGUCGCGUCCCCGGCCGGCGUCUGGACCAGCCACAUGUGGGAGAUUCCCACCUUCAGCCUGGGCGAGAAGUUUGGCAGCGAGGACACGACUGAGUGGGCCAAGUUCUACCCAAAGUCGCAGAUCGAGUACUUUGGCGAAGGCGUCGUGGACUUCCUCUCAUGGGGCAACAAUCGCGGCUCCUUCAGGCAGCUCAAGGAAGGCAAAGUCCCCACGCGCAAUCCGGGCGUCGCCGAGUUCGCGGCAAAGAACUCGGGCGAGCCCUUUGACGCCAAGACCAAGACGUGGCUCUGGGCCGGCAUCAUCACCCGGGCUCACAAGGACAUGAGGGGCCCUUCUUUGCAGUAUCAGGACUCGGCGAUGCGAACGGCAUACAACUGGCAGGUUGAGCAGAUUCAAAACAUCUUGAGGCAGAAGCUGGGCAUCAACGACAAGGACUUUGUCAAGAUCAUCACGUACGCGCCACGCCCGGACAUGGCGCAGAGGAACCCCAACAUGCCGCCCGAGUACGGCCUCGUCAACUGGCAGUAUCACCCCUCGCACAUUGAGGAGGGCAUGAAGUACUCGGAGAGGAAGCUGCGCAUCCGGUUCGAGAAGCACGUCAUCUUUGAGAAGACGUGGUGCGGUUCCGGCAACAAGAUUAUCAUCGCAGGCGGAUCCACCAAGCCGCCUCCGCCUCCGCCCCCAUCGAAGCACCGUCGUCAGGAAGAUGAAGGUGGUGAGGUUGAGGCCUGUUUGUUGGCGCAUAACUCGUCGUCAGCUGCCGCUUCCGCGUCCUCCGUUGCCGCUUCCGCCGCCUCCGUGCUCCCGCGCCCUACGCAGGCUUGUACCACCGACACCGAGUGCGGCUCUCUUGCGUGCCCUCAACCCCGGUUUGGUGCCUGUUUGUAUGGUGCCUGUCGAUGUGUCCUUUCCGAGAGUCUCAGCUACACCAAGACUCCUGCAACUCCGGUGCCUGGGAUAUACACCAACACCGCGUUGCCUGUGAACUACACGUCUCCAACAAACCUCAUCACAUUGUCCACAGGCUCCCCUACAAGCAGCAUCUCUUCCAACGGUUCUGCCUCAAGCACCUCCUGGACGGGUGAUGACGACUGGUUAAUCCCCACAGCCACCAAGAACGGUUCUUCUUCCACCGCCUCCGCGUUGUUCACCGUCACUCUCUCGGCCUGGGACCCCUCCCAGACCUUCAUCAUCGGCUGCAACACGACCCAAGACUGCUCCUCCCUCCCCUGUGGAGGCAACCAGACAUACGCUUGCAUCACAAAUAACGCGAAUCCCAAGCCAACCUGCCGCUGCGUCAACCGCCCUAAGCUCUUCGAGCCCUGCGCCGCGGCAGCAGACUGCGAACACCUGAAAUGCGACGCAAACCACUUCUCCACCUGUCGCCCGCUCAUCGACUUCCUCGGAGUAGACUCCAUCUGCCAAUGCGAAGCCCUCGCCCUCAAGUCAGGCGCCUUCUGCACAGUCGACUCCCACUGCGACGGCCUCCCCUGCGACGGCACCAAGAACCGCCGCGGCAAGUGCAUCAAGCCUACCUCAGACGACACCGGCGGCGUCGGCCUCUCAGGCGGCUGCCAGUGCGACUACUACCAGUCCGAAGGCGUCGGCUGCGCCUCGCACGACGACUGCUCCACGAUCCGCUGCUUCGAGGACAAGCCCUACAAGUCCUGCACCAUCCCCGACGGCCCCCUCGACAAGAAAGCCAACGUCUGCGCCUGCGCCGCCGAGAAGCCUCCCCGCCGUUUCGCCGAGGGCGACAAGUGUACCGCGCACAAGGAGUGCACCACGAUCGGGUGCACAGAGUACGAAGUCUCCGUCUGCGAGAAAGACACGUGCCGCUGCCGCUCCUUCAUGUGCAGUGGCAGCCGGGACUGCGACUCGAGCGCGCUCGACUGCGCUGGUAAGGGGAACCUGCUGUGCAGUGAGAAGGGUAUGUGCGAGUGUAAGCCCUGCACUGAGAACUGGAAGGGCUUGACGUGCCAAGUGGAUUCGGAUUGCAACCACUGCUGCAAGCGCGGGACCUUGCCCAAGUGCAAGUUUACUCGCCUUGAGUUUUGGUCUGGUAAUGAGUGCCAGUGUGAUCUUUGGAAUUAG